CUGCUUUACUUUGUUUUGUUUCCUCCAGCUCUUCAUUGAGAAGUGUAUCAACUGGAUCUUCAAGACCUUCCAAAGUGUGUUUGGUGUGUGGAGAUGAGGCAUCUGGAUGUCAUUAUGGGGUGGUCACCUGUGGCAGCUGUAAAGUCUUCUUCAAGAGAGCAGUAGAAGGACAACACAAUUACCUGUGUGCAGGGAGGAACGACUGCAUAAUUGAUAAGAUUCGGAGGAAGAACUGCCCAGCCUGUCGAUUACAGAAAUGUCUGCAAGCAGGGAUGAAUUUAGGAGCCCGGAAGUCCAAAAAGUUGGGGAAAUUGAAAGGGAUUCACGAGGAGCAGCCACAGCAGCGGCAGCAGCCACCGCCCCAGAGCCCCGAGGAAGGGACGACGUACAUCGCGCCCGUGACCGAGCCCUCUGUAAACACAGCACUUGUCCCUCACAUGUCUACUAUCUCACCAGCACUUACUCCCUCUCCCGUUAAGAUCCUUGAAAGCAUUGAACCAGAGAUCGUGUAUGCAGGAUACGACAGUUCGAAGCCAGACACAGCAGAGUACCUGCUUUCCACCUUAAACCGCCUGGCCGGCAAGCAGAUGAUUCAGGUGGUGAAAUGGGCAAAGAUACUUCCAGGAUUUAGAAACUUGCCUCUCGAGGACCAAAUUACUUUAAUUCAGUAUUCAUGGAUGUGUCUGUCAUCGUUUGCCUUGAGUUGGAGAUCAUACAAACAUACAAACAGCCAGUUCCUCUAUUUCGCUCCAGACCUGAUCUUCGAUGAGGAACGGAUGCGCCAGUCCGCUAUGUUUGAACUGUGCCAGGGGAUGCACCAGAUCAGUCUGCAGUUCGUUCGCUUGCAGCUUAGUUUCGAGGAGUACACUAUAAUGAAAGUUUUGCUGCUGUUGAGCACAGUUCCCAAGGAUGGUCUCAAAAGCCAAGCUGCAUUUGAAGAAAUGAGGGCAAAUUACAUUAAAGAACUAAAGAAGAUGGUAACUAAAUGUCCAAGUAACUCUGGGCAAAGCUGGCAGAGAUUCUACCAACUGACUAAACUUCUUGACUCCAUGCAUGAUCUUGUUAGUGACUUAUUGGAAUUCUGUUUCUACACCUUCCGAGAGUCUCAGGCACUGAAAGUAGAGUUUCCAGCCAUGCUGGUGGAAAUCAUCAGUGACCAGCUACCAAAGGUGGAAUCUGGGAAUGCCAAGCCCCUGUACUUUCACAGGAAGUGAUAGAAGAUGUCUUAAAUGGAAGAACUUUGCCUUAAGUUUCCCUGUGUUAUUCCACACCCAUGAAGGACCCAAGAAACCAUAUUUUAAACAUGCUAUUUACACUUGUUCAGCAGUCUCUGAAUAGUCUAAAAUCAUCCGAAGGGUUUGGGGCAUGGAAAGCAGUUGACUCGGAUUUGGCAAGACCUAGAUGUUUGGAAAGGUACCCCAUAACCCUAAAACACUUAGAAAAUGUUCCUGUUCCUCUGGAUGAAAAGCCAUAUCUAGUCAAUAACUCUUUGAUUUUGAUAUUUUAACAGAUGGAGUUUUAAAUAUGCCAUGUAGUUUCUGGUAUUGUUUGCUUGUUUUAAAAGGGUUCAAGAACUAACGAGAACUUUUUAAAGCUUACCCUUGGUUUGCACAUAAAACGUAAAGUCAAUAUGGGGCAUUAAUAUUCUUUUCUUG